UCAGGCUGUAGAAGGUGAUCAUACUUCAGUUGGUAUUUUGGGCAUUAGUAAUGUCCAUCCUCUCUUGGUUCUUAUCCAAUGACUUCCAGAGCUAGAAUCACAUGACCUACAAAUAUUCAUCUCUGAUUGGCUGAAAACAUUUGUUGUAUUAAUAAACAGAGCCGAACUAUGUGUGUGAAUGCAAACAUGGGAAUAAGAAUCAUUGAAACCCUUGAAUCCCAUUCUUCCCUACAUCGAACUUGUGCUGAGAACUUGAUAACAAUUCAUGGUUCAUUGGGGAGUCUGUCUGUGAGCUCAGAAGAAAUCCGUCGACUACUACGAUUGCUGAGAGUAGAUGAACCUGAGUUUAUUCACCCGUAUACCAUUCCUGUGACUCGUGCGAUUCUGACAAUGGCACGGAAACUCAAUCUUGAGAGUGCACUGCAGUAUUUUAAUUUGUCACAUAGCAUGGCAGGAAUUUCUGUGCCUGCCAUUCAGAAAUGGCCUGGGUCUGCAUUUUCCUUCUCUGCUUGGUUUUGCUUAGAUCAGGAUCAAUUACCCCUUGACACUGAUAACAAAGGAGGAAAAAGAAAACAAUUAUAUAGUUUUUUUACAGGAAGUGGAAUGGGUUUUGAAGCUUUUAUUACUCACUCAGGUAUGUUGGUUGUGGCAGUGUGCACAAAAAGAGAAUAUGCAACAGUUAUGCUUCCUGACCACAGUUUCUGUGACUCUCUCUGGCACAACAUAACCAUUGUUCACAUGCCUGGGAAAAGGCCCUUUGGUCCGAGCAUCAUCUAUAUCUAUGACAAUGGACAACAAAAGGUUUCUGCUCCUCUCAGAUUUCCUGCCAUGAAUGAGCCAUUUACUUCCUGUUGUAUUGGUUCAGCUGAGCAAAGAACCACUACUCCUCCACCAUCUCAAAUCCCAGAUCCACCAUAUUCUACUCCCAUAACCCCUCACCGGACAUCAUUUGGUGGAAUAUUGUCAUCAGCCUCCUGGGGUGGAACAAUUGAAAAAUCAAAAUUAAUUACGAAAUUAAUUUCAGCUGGAACUCAAGAUAGUGAAUGGGGUUGCCCCACAUCCUUGGAAGGGCAGCUAGGUUCUGUUAUUGUAUUCCAUGAAGCACUCCAGCCUUCACAGGUUAAGGCCUUAUAUUUAGCAGGUCCAAAUUGCUUAAGCCCUUGGAAGUGUCAGGACUAUGAUAUGGCCGGCCUACCAAGUAACAUCCUCCUUCAGUACACAGCAAAGGCUUGCGAAAAUUCAAUUUGCCUUGACUUGUCUACUAAUUAUUUGCAUGGAAGAUUAACAGGAAACAAAGUAGUGAAUUGGGACAUUAAAGACAUCAUCAAUUGUAUAGGUGGGUUAAAUGUACUUUUUCCUAUCCUGGAACAAAUAAGCCACUUUAUUGAAGGACAGACUUCUGAAGGAAUGAAUGAAAACACAGUUCCUGAAUUAAUAACACCGAUUGAACAGGAAUGUAUGGCAUUGUCCUCCACAAAGGCAUCAGAGUCAAGACUAGAGAGAAAUCUAGUUGCAACAUUUAUCUUGAUUGUGAAGCACUUUAUUCAGAGGCAUCCUAUCAACCAGGACAAUCUUAUUCAAUCCCAUGGGGUUGCAACUCUUGGUGCCUUACUUCAAAAGGUGCCAGGUACCCUAAUGGAUGUUAAUGUAUUGGUGGCAAUUCAAUUACUAAUUGAACAGGUAUCAUUAGAAAAAAACACAUUAUUGCUUCAACAAAUGUAUCAGUAUUUACUCUUUGACUUCUGCAUUUGGAACCGUGGAGAUUUCCCUUUUCGGAUUGGCCAUAUACAGUAUAUUUCAACUAUCAUUAAAGACAGCAGGAGAAUUUUCCGGAAGAAGUACGGUGUGCAGUUUCUCCUAGAUACACUUAGGAUUUAUUAUGGGCAUGGUUGUACAUGUAAUGAGCUUUCUCCAGAAGAUAUUCGAACAAUUAGGACUUCUUUGUAUGGGCUAAUUAAAUAUUUUCUUUGUAAAGGUGGAACUCAUGAAGAAAUACAAAGUAUCAUAGGUUACAUAGCUGCUACUAAUGAGGAAGAACAGCUUGUUGGAAUUUUGGAUAUACUCUUCAGUCUUCUACGAACCAGCCCAACUAGAGGUCAGCUUUUCUCACUGAUGUUUGAACCAGGAAAUGCUGAUAUACUGUAUGCUUUGCUGCUAAAUCAGAAGUACUCUGACAAACUAAGAGAAAUCAUUUUUAAGGUUAUAGAGCAGAUGUUAAAAUGCACCAGUGUUUAUGAACGUAGUAAACAACGCAUCCGUCUCAGAGAAGUUGGCUACUCAGGAAUUGGACUCCUCCUUAAUGAAGUUCCAGUUAAUGUGUCUCUCAUUAAAAACCUUGUCAAUCAAAUCAUUAAUGCAGAUCCUGUUAUCAAUUUCAAAGAUCUGUUAUCUGUAGUAUAUAUCUCUCACAGAACACACGUAAAUGUCAGAAUGGUCCUCUGUAGAAAGAUAUUACAGAUUUUGCAGUCCCAGCCAGAAGCAGCAUACCAGAUAGCACAACAAGUGGGUUGGCAAGAUACCUUUGUAAGACUUCUCUUAAAAUCAAACUUUGAAAAUGUAAAUUCUCUUCAUAAACAUGGAAAGGCUGUUUCAGUGAAAGAAAAUAAAAAUGUGUCCACUGAAAAGCUAGAUGAUGAAAAAAUGACAUUACCUGAUAUAUCUUCAGAUCAUUGGAGUCUGGAAGAUAGUCAGUCCCUGAACUCAAACACACCAUUAUUUCAAGAAGUAAACUCUGAAGUAGAAUUAUCUUUCAAGUCAGAAAAUGAAGAAUUCUGGCAUAGUAACACUUCCCAUCUGAGUUUAGAUCUCAGUGGAACUGACUCAUGUGAACUGAGUGAGUGUGGAAGUCAAAUGCCAGACAGUUCACCUAGCACACCAUCCCCAGUGGAGUCUACUAAGUCCUUCUCUGUGCCAUCUGACAGAGAAAGGAGUAUCACAAAUGAAAUGGACUUUAGUGAUGACUUCGCCUUCCUUGAAAGCAAAGAGGAAUGUGAAGAGGAGCUUCUUCAGUUGGUUACAAAUAUUUUGAAUUAUAUCAUGUGUAAAGGACUAGAAAAGUGUGAUGAAGACACUUGGGUUGAAAGAGGACAAGUGUUUUCAGCAUUAACUAAACCAGGAAUAUCAAGUGAACUACUUCGAUCGUCAGAUGAAGUAAAACUAAUUUUGCUACAGAAGAUGUUAGAAUGGACAGUCACAGAACACAGAGAUGCAAAAAGUAGUCCUGUAACUGCUGAAAAUGUCUUCCGACUCAUGCUGAUCAUACAGGACUUCCUGCAGUCAGAAGGACUGGUUAAUUCAAACAUGUGGACUGAGAAGCUUUUAGAAGAUACCACACAGCUCCUUGACUAUCUGUCAGCGUGGUAUUCUGAGAAUCCAGGAUGGGUAAAACUCUCUCAGAUACAGAUCCAGUUGCUUCUGGAGUUCAUUGGAAGAGGCAGUUUGCAGGUUUGUGCAAUAGCAUCAGCUAAGCUAAAUGCCCUUCUUCAGACUAAAGUGAUUGAAAAUCAAAAUGAAGCAUGCUACAUUUUAGGGAAACUAGAACAUAUUCUAAGUCGGUCAAUCAAGGAACAGACAGAAAUCUAUUCAUUUCUGAUUCCUCUUUUCCGUACUCUGGUUUCUAAAAUUUAUGAGCUUCUUUUCAUGAACUUGCACCUGCCUUCUUUGCCUUUUACUGAUGGAAGUACUUCAUUUUUUGAAGAUUUUCAAGAAUACUGCAAUUCAGAUGAAUGGCAAGUUUACAUUGAAAAAUACAUUAUACCUUACAUGAAGCAAUAUGAAACACAUACAUUUUAUGAUGGUCAUGAGAGCAUGGCACUUUACUGGAAGAAUUGCUAUGAAGCCUUAAUGGUGAAUAUGCAUAAAAGAGACCGAGAGGGAGGAGAAAGUAAAUUGAAAUUUCAGGAGUAUUUUGUGGAGCCAUUUAAUCGAAAAGCACGUCAAGAGAACUUGAGGUACAAUAAUAUGAUUAAACAACUUAGCAGUCAACAGUUGGCCACUUUUAGAUGGUGGAAGGCAAAUAGACUCUAUCUUACAUGUGAAAGGGGGCCUUGGGCUAAAAGGAAACCGAAUCGAAUUCAUUGGAAACUGGCUAAUGUAGAAAAUUAUUCCCGCAUGAGACUUAAACUGGUACCUAAUUAUAAUUUCAAUAACCAUGAGGAUGCUAGUGCCUUAAGAGAUAAUUUAGGUGUCCAACACUUGCAGCCUUCUAAUGACUCUUUGCUUUUGGAAGUAGUGAAACAAGUUAAACUUAGUGAUAUGGAGGAAGAUAAACUAGAACUUCUGGAAGAGGACAUGGUAGCCAGAGUAAAUAUUGAUGAGAAGGAAGAACAGGAUCAAAAGGAAAAAUUGGUGUUGACUGAAGACUGUGAACUCAUUACAGUAAUCAACAUAAUUCCUGGCAGAUUAGAAAUCACUACUCAACACAUUUACUUCCAUGAUAACAGUAUUGAAAAAGAAGAUGGAAUAGGCUUUGAUUUUAAGUGGUCUCAUUCUCAAAUUCGAGAGAUUCACUUACGUCGUUACAACUUAAGAAGAUCAGCACUUGAGAUAUUUCAUAUUGAUCAAUCUAACUACUUUCUCAAUUUCAAAAAAGAGGUUAGAAACAAAGUAUAUAGCAGCCUGUUGUCACUUCAUUCUUCUAAUAGUUAUGGAGCAAGAUCACCACAAGAAUUGUUCAAAGCAUCAGGAUUGACACAGAAAUGGGUGAAUCGAGAGAUAACAAACUUUGACUACCUCAUUCAAAUAAACACAAUGGCAGGACGAACCUAUAAUGACCUUGCACAGUACCCUGUAUUUCCCUGGAUUUUGCAAGAUUAUACUUCAGAAGAGUUGGACCUUAAUAACCCCACUGUGUUUCGAGAUCUUUCUAAACCAAUUGGAGUAGUUAAUGAAAAAAAUGUGAAAGCUAUGCAAGAAAAGUAUGAAACUUUUGAGGAUCCAAUGGGAACAAUUGAUAAGUUUCAUUAUGGUACUCACUAUUCAAAUUCUGCAGGUGUCAUGCACUAUCUUAUCCGUGUAGAACCGUUUACUACCCUCCACAUCCAGCUUCAGAGUGGAAGGUUUGACUGUGCAGACCGGCAGUUCCAUUCCAUCCCUGCUACCUGGCAAGCUCUUAUGGAUAAUACAUAUGAUGUAAAAGAACUUAUUCCUGAAUUCUUCUAUUUCCCCGAGUUUUUAGAAAAUCAAAAUGAAUUUAAUCUGGGUCACCUACAAGUUUCUCAAGAAUUGGUAAAUGAUGUCAUUCUUCCAAGAUGGGCUAAGUCAGCUGAAGAUUUUAUUUAUAAACACAGAAAAGCUCUGGAGUCUGAGUAUGUUUCUGCUCAUCUUCAUGAAUGGAUAGACCUGAUUUUUGGCUACAAACAAAGAGGACCAGCUGCAGUGGAAGCACUCAAUGUCUUCUACUACUGUAGUUAUGAAGGUGCUGUAGAUCUUGAUGCCUUAACAGAUGAAAAGGAAAGAAAAGCCUUAGAAGGGAUGAUUAACAAUUUUGGACAAACACCUUGUCAGCUGUUAAAGGAACCACACCCUCCAAGAUUAUCAGCAGAAGAAGCCAUACAAAAGCAAACCAAAACAGAAAUCUCAACCCUCAACCUCUUUCAGCAUCUCCCUGAAUUGAAGUCAUUUUUUAUAGAGGGAAUUAGUGAUGGUAUUCCUCUAUUAAAGGCCAUCAUCCCCCCAAAUCAAUCUCGUUCUUUUAUGUCUCAAGGAAGCCCUGAGUUACUGAUAACAGUAAGCAUUAAUUAUGUUAUUGGAACCCAUGGAUGGCUACCUUAUGACAGAAAUAUUUCUAACUACUUCACAUUCAUCAAGGAUCAAACUGUAACUAACCCAAAAGCUCAGCGAACUGUGAAUGGUCCUUUUGCUCCAGGGCUGGAAAUCACUUCCAAGCUGUUUAUAGUGUCACAUGAUGCAAAGUUGCUCUUCAGUGCCGGACACUGGGAUAAUAGUAUCCAAGUAACAUCACUUACCAAAGGCAAAAUUGUCUCACAUAACAUCCGACAUAUAGAUAUUGUGACUUGCUUAGCUACAGAUUACUGUGGAAUACACUUGAUUUCUGGUUCCAAGGACACUACAUGUAUGAUAUGGCAGAUAACACAACAGGGAGGCACUGCUGUGGGCUUAGCAUCUAAACCUUUUCAGAUUCUUUAUGGACACACUGAUGAGAUAUUGAGUGUGGGCAUCAGCACUGAACUUGACAUGGCAGUAUCAGGGUCAAGGGAUGGUACUGUGAUUAUACAUACCAUUCAGAAAGGUCAAUACAUGAGGACUUUACGGCCACCUUGUGAGAGUUCCCUGUUCCUGACCAUUCCCAGUUUGGCUGUCUCUUGGGAAGGACACAUUGUCAUCUAUUCCAGCUUGGAGGAGAAGCCCACUCUCAAGGAUAAGAACAUGUUACAUGUGUUUUCUGUAAAUGGAAAGCAUCUGGGGUCUCAAGUCCUGAAUGAGCAAAUAUCAGACAUGUGCAUAAUUGGGGAGCACGUAAUCACUGGCAGCAUACAAGGGCUCCUGUCUAUAAGAGAGCUUCACAGUUUGAAUCUCAGCAUCACUCCGUUAGCCAUGCGAUUACCUAUCUACUGUGUUUCCGUAACCAAAGAAUGCAGCCACAUUCUUGUAGGCUUAGAAGAUGGCAAAUUGAUUGUAGUAGGUGUUGGCAAGCCAGCCGAGAUGCGUUCGGGUCAGCUUUCUCGAAAAUUGUGGGGAUCUAGCAAGCGACUCAGCCAGAUUUCAGCUGGAGAAACUGAAUAUAAUACUCAAGAUUUCAAAUGAUUGUUAUUCCCACCUCCUGUGAUGGAAAACCAAACUGCAGUUAUUGCUUUGUCCCUUUAGCUGCGCUCUACUCGCGGGAAGUCUUCAAGGAUUUUAUCUUUAAAACGUUUAAAGAUUACGGCGGUUUGAUAUUUGUGAAGAUGUAGGUUGAGUUGUGGAGGCUGAGGCAGGUGGAUCAAGUUCAAGGUCAGCCUGGGCUACAUAGCAAGACCUUGCCACAAAAAUUAAGUAAAUAAAUAAAGUUGUAGGUUCUAUUAAAUCAAUUUUAAAAGUUUCAUCAGCAAUGAGUCUAGUUUUGUUAACCAGUACUAAAGUUGAAUUGAGAAAAUAUAUUUGAUUCAAUUUGGUAAUCCAUUCCUAAAUCAUUAAAUCCAAUUUUUAAAAAACAAACUUCUAAUAUUAUAUACUUAGAUUGAAUUCCCUUAAUCUAAGUAGCAAAAUUUAAGACAUUUCUGAUAAAGUAGCAGAGAUGAUGGAGAGUUGACAGAUGUGGCUUUUCAUGUAUUCUUCAGAUAAUCAUUUUUCUUUUUACUCACCAUUUCAUUAAAAGCAUAACCUUUUAGGCAUUUGUUGUACAAUUGAGUUUUCAAAAAUUGCAGGCCUGUAUAAUUGGAUUAAAUACAAAUACUGAAAUAAACAUUGGUUUAUUUCCCUACCUUUAAUAUAUUAGUAAUAAAAAUUUACUAAAUUGCAUUAUUAUUCUUAAGUAACAAAAGUUGAAUAGGAAAAAGAAAAACUAGAGAUAAUUUUGACGAAUGUACUUCAUUAACAGUAUAUUCAAACAAAAAUGCUGACUGUGGCCCUGGUCAACUGGUCCUUUAGUAACAUUUGCAGCACAAUUUACAUGUGUGAAAUUCAAAAUUUUGUGAAUUUGUCUUUAUUAAGCAAAAACUGUACUCUCUUUGUGGUUAAUCCUUUCUAUCCUGAUGAUCAUGAGUUGUCAGUGAUGUUCUAAGAGGUCGUAAAAGAUGGAGUAACACUGCAUAAUUCAGAGUAGCCAUUUAGAUAAAGUAAAAUCUUUUAUUGCAUGUUAUAUACAACUGUUUGGAUGAUAGCUAUUUUGUUACAGCUUGUUAAAUAUUACAUUAUAUCUAAUUUUUUAAGUAAAAAUGUUGAUUGAUUUAAUUUGGAAUUCAAAGUAAUUGUUAUUUAUUUUUUUGUAAAAUUGACUUUUGAGUUAUUAGGGUAGAGAAGUUUUACAACUACAAGUAUUGGCAAUCUGAGACUCCACAGGCUUUGGGAAGAUUGGUGAAUCUCUGAAGUUGUACGGAAAUUUAUAUAUUGAGCCUAUUUUCAGGAAAGAAUUAUUGCAUGAUUUUCUUAAAAUGAUUUAUGGGCAACAACAGAUGAUUUUACAAUGGUAGCCUUUCAAAAUUAUAUUCUCUUUUAUUCUGCUGACCAUACAUUUCCAUAUACCUGAUUGUCUUUUCAGUUGAAUCCUGAAGAAAUUUUGAUUUUUCAUUUUCCCUCUCCUAUUGACCACAGUACCCUAUGGUCUUUUCUUUAUAAUCCCAUAAAUAAGUUUUUAAAAAUAUAGGUGUAAAAGACUAUGUUUAGGAAAAUUUUACAAUAUUUUGAUUUGUUGUUGGUCAGGAUUAGUAAAACACUGUAAAAUCACUGUUUAAUAAGUUAAAAUUGUCUGAUUAGGGAAAAAAUAGCUUCAAAUGGCACUGAUAUCAACUGGUAGAAAAGUAGAAUUUGUGUAAAUGUGAUGAUUUCCUUUUUGAAAGACUUCAGGAAUUUGUUGGAAGUGUCAGGAGUCAAUAGAGAUGAUUAUGGUACAUGAAACAUUUCUUCUUUUCAUUUCUGCUCCUCCAGUUUCCACAUACUGGACCAUCUAUUCAUAGAAAUUAUAAGGGAGUUCAUGUCAGAACCAACAUGAUUCGGUGAUUUUUUUCUUAUUGUUGGGCUUAUUUUUUAUUUAUAUAUUUUAUUUUUGGUUUUUUGUUUUGUUUCGUUUUCUUCAAGACAGGGUUUCUCUGUUUAGUUUUGACUGUCCUGGAACUCAUUCUGUAGAUCAGAUUGGCCUUAAACUCAAAAAGACCCACCUGCCUCUGUUGCCUCCCAAAUACUGGGAUUAAAGGCGUGUGCCACCACUGCCAGGCAAUGAUUGGUUAUCAGUCCGUAGUAGAAUGCUUGCCUAUAUUGUUCAAGAUCCUGGGUUUACUCCCUAGCAUGUAUGAAAGAGACAGAAGAAACAAAGACAGGUACUAACUGAGUCCAAAUCAAGACUUGGUAAGGGUUUCUUUUGGCAGUUUAUCCACACAUGCUGCUCUUUCAUGGCUCAUAAACAAGAAGCUGUGCUCAGUUUUAUAUAGGUCUGACCCGUGUACAAUCAAUGUUAGAUGUUAAAGGAAAAUUGUUCCUUUUAAUUAUUUUGAGGUUUAGAAAAUGCUAGCUCUAUUCUUGAAUAAUGAACUUUUUGUUUUGUUGUCAUUGUUUGUUUGUAUUUCAAGACAGGGUUUCUCUGUAUCGCCCUGAAACUCACUGUGUAGACCAGGCUGUAUUUGAACUCAGAGAUCUGCCUGAUUCUUCCUCUUGAUUAAAGGUGUGACUGCCACCACCCAGCCAAGAAUGAGCUUUUGUAUUAAUUAAAAUAAGCAAAUCUAGUGGAGCUGUUACCUGAGUUAAUAUAUUCGUCACGUAAACAGUAGAGCCAUGAAAUUAAAAGUCACUAGAUAAUAUCACUAGUAAGAUGCACUUUUACAGUGGAGUGUAGCUGUUAUCCAUAGAAACUUUCAUAAUGUAUAUUGGAAGAAAUUAUUAGAAUGGAUUGAUAGCUGGAUAUUUUAGUUAAUGAGUAUAAAAUCUCAUCUUGGCUGCUGUUGGUGUCAGUUCAUCGUUUCAGGACUUUUCAUCUACUUUUGUUUCUUGAUAGUAAUAAUGAUGAAUAUUAAAAUCUCAGGUAAUAAGAGAUUUAUGCUAAGAUAAUGUUCUUUCUUUUGGAAAGUGAGGUCAGAAGUUGUUUUGCUGUUGUUGGUGGUGGCAGUGUGUGCAUAUUUAUACAAUUUGCUGUAUGUACUUAGAGAAUAAAACACUGUAAUAUAUAACUCCCCCCCAGUCAGUAUUCUGUUAUUGUAAAAUUGAAGAAAAAGAACAAAUCAGAACAUGAAAGUCAAGGAACUGCAAAAAUAAAGAUUAGCAUUAACUUUCUAGCCAGUGUUGCCUGUGAAAGAAGUUUCUGUUAAUUUCCCUUAGUCACAGUACAUCCUCGUGUGUGAGGAGAAGUUUCUCUUUUUCCUUGUGAUACACACGGCACUGUUCUUCACAGCGCUGACACUGGAGUGCUACAUACUACUAAAGAGUAAGUGUGCCCACAAAAUUAGAAUUUAGACUUGAGGAUUGACUCGUAGUCAUAGCUUCAUUGUAUUUCUUUUCAAAUAUCCUAAGAAAGUGAAACUGAGUGCCAGUUUUUGCUUAGUGUUGAUAGAGGCAUGGCAUUUACCUGUAAAUAUAACAUUAUUCUUACUAAAGAUAUCUCUAAGGAAAGCUUUAAUUGAAUUUUGAGCUGUCAAUUCUUUUUAAAAUACGUUUAUAAAGUAAGUAGCGUCAUCUUUGCCUCCUUUUUCAAUAAAAACAUGAGACUUUUACUGUAUUGGAUAUGAACAAGGUAUUAAAUGUGUAAUACCUAUAUCUGGGAUGUGUGUGUGAAGGUGUUCUCACAUUGCUAAACCUAUUUUCUUAACCCUAUCUUUACACUUUUUGAGUGAUAUGUACAUUUUUUAUCUAGACCCAAACCCUGAUGUAAGUGUUCUGUCUCUAACAGAAACUUCUUUUCCCACUGGCAGCAAAUACUCUUUCUUAGUACUUUUUCCUAAUUUGUGUGCAUGUCAUAUAUGUAGCAUUUUGUUUGUUUUAGAUGAUCCCAUAUAAACAUGGUUCUGAAAAUUUUCCUCAAAGUGCCUUUUCUGAUGACAUUAGGCAACAAUACAAUGCUAUCAGGCUUUAAUAUUACUUAUUACUUACAUAAUUUAAAUACAGCAUUUUCUGUGCCACUGAUUAUUCCAACACCAGGCCGUGUCUUUGUUUCAUAUGGACAGAACCACUCUAUUUCCUUUUCAUUAUUGAAAAGUUCGUUAAUUUUAUCAUGAGCUCUUAGACUUUCAUAUUUAAAAUCACAAUUUACAUUUACCUCCAAUAAUAUUGUCUGCUUGCUAUUAAUAUUUCCUAACUCAAUAUUUUCCACACCAAUAUUUCGACAAAAAGUGUAAAAUUUUUUUUCCCAGUAUUCGGGAGUGAACUCAGGGCCUCACGCAUGUUAGGCAAGAUAAAAAGCAUUAGUAGUCAGUGCUAAAAGAAAGAAUCAGAUGUCUUAUAGCAUUGAAGUUAUAAUGAAUAGAGUUCUCCCACUAUGAAAGCAUUGAGUAAAUCCUCCUAAAUACUCUUGGUGAUGUUUGCAGGUAUGCCUCUGUAUGAAAUAUUCUUUAAUAUUUUCAUAGGUUUUAGAAGUUAGAACUAAUAGAGCAUAAACAUCUGAGAGCUUUAGGCUAGGGAUGUAUCUUAGUGAUGGAACAUUUCAUAUGAAGUCCUGGGUUUGGCAUGGGUUCUUUACUCCAACACUGAGGCAGUGUAGAGCCUCACACAAAGAGCUCUCCCACUGACCUCAGCACGUCAGCUCACAGAGUGGCUCCGAGUUCGAGGGAGCAGAGCAGACCUACCUGUAGGAUUCAUCAGUAGGCUAGGCCUCAGUAAUACGUGGGACUUUCACAGGUUCAAUCAAUCCCAGCUCUCAAAAAUUAUAAAUAGAUGUAUGUACAUAUAAUGUAUAUAAAUGAAUUUGUGCCUAAAUUGUAGAUACAUUUUUAUCUCUUGAAAAUCAUGUGACCAUCAUAAAUAUAGGAUUUACAUCUCUGCUUUUUGGUUAUAUGAAAAUUAUGUGGUUUUAUUUAUUAUAAAAACCUUAUAUAAACAUAGCCACAUUAUCAACUUAAGUUUUUUUGGCAAUAGUUAUUCAUUAGACACAUUUUUUAGACUAGUACCUUUACUGAAACAACACAGAAGUGGUUUUUAAACACAUUGCAAGGUUUGGACACAUGAAGAUAAUUCUUUUAGUGUCAAAAAGACACAAAUUCAGAGGCAUAUAUCUUUCCCUAAUGCACAGAGCAAGUUGAAAGUCACUGAUUCGAUAUUCUUUUGUCUAUGAAACAGUUUUCUUGUUAACCUUGAAAAUACAUAUCUUGCAUAAAUUAACAUAAGAAUAGCCAGAUUUCAUCAUUUGAAAAAUUAGGCAAAGUGGUACAUACACAUGGUUCCAAUUACUUGGAUGAGAUGGAAGGAUCACCUGAGCUGGGAAGUUCAAGAUCAGCCCGGACAAUGUAGAAAGCCUUCAUUUUAAAAGAAAGCAAAUAAUUUAAUUAAUGUUACAAAGGUGACUGUUAAAGAAGUGUUGCUGCUGUGUAUUUCCUUUUAUAGUGAGUUUUUUUAGUAAUUUAUACUUAUUCAUAAUUAUAAUAGUUACAAAGUGUUUCACUGCUUUAUAGUGCUAUUGUAAAUGAGCAAUCUAACAUGAGACUAAGGACAGUUAGGAUUUAGAUGAGACUGAGAAGUUUUACUGAUUAAAGUACGAACUAUUUUUAAAAGAAGUCUUACAGAGCAGUGGUGGUGCACACCUUUAAUCCCAGCACUCGGGAAGCAGAGGUAGGUGUUCUCUGUAAGUCUUUACUUUAUUUAAGAUUAUUUAAGUAAUAUAUUCUGUUGACAUAUUAAAAUUACAUGCUUUCUUAUAGUGUAGUCAAAUUGAGAAUUAUGCUUUUAAUGUCCCUUUUUUUCUCUUCCUUUUUUUUUGUGUUUGUUUUUUGUUUGGGGGACAGAUUCUGACUGUUGUAGUCUUGGCAGGCCUGGAUGUAUCCUUGUCAACGAAGUUGGUCACAAACUCAGAGAUCCAUCUACCUCUGCCUCUCAAGUGCUGAGAUUUUCAAGAAUAUACAUAAUUAUUUUGCUCAACAGAAAUAAUUCUGUCAGGGAGAUAACAGUAGUUAAAUUUAAUUGAAAAUAAAUUUGUAUUAUAUUGGAAUUAAAGAAAAAAGAUUUUGGAAGUUUAAAUGUUUUGUUAGGUAAUCCCUAAUGACUUUCAUAUAGUUUUACACUCAUUCCAAGAUUAUGGUAUAUUACAGUAGCUCUAUAUUUUUUUCAAGACAGGGUUUCUCUGUCCUAGAACUCACUUUGUAGACCAGCCUGGCCUUGAACUCAAAGAGAUCCACCUGCCUCUGCCCCCCAAGUACUGUAACUAAAAGGAUGAGCCACCACCAGCACCUUACAACGACUCUUACUGCUGAAGACCUUUUACAUUUUGAACAUUUCUUUUUCCUAUUCUGCCUUUUACUUCUCAAAGACUGUGCUUCAUAGAUACUACCAAAAGCAUUUUAUAUGUAGUUGCUGUUACUUAUAGUCAAAUUUACAUAAGAAAACUUUCUAGGAAGCCAUGUGACUUUCUGCUAAAUUCUUUUACAGGAUAAACUUACCUUUCUCUAUCAGAUUGCUUUUGUACAGUUGGAGACAAAAAAAAUAGCAAAAAGUAAUCAGAUCUCUAGAUAGCCAUUCUCUAUCAAAUUCAUUGUUAAAUUAAGACAAAAUUUAAAAACAUAUUUGAUUAAUUUGACGGUUUUUCUGGGACAGAUUAAUUAGAAGCAUUUCUGCUUUAACAGGAUGACAGUCUUUUGAAUACAUGAAUAUACACUAACUAGUUCAGAAGGCUUAGCUGAACAUCCAAAAUGACUUGUUUAAAAACAAGUUUUUAUACUUCUUACCUGAGUAUGGUAGUGCACCUCUAAUCCUGACAUAGGCUACAGCAGGAGGAUUGCUUCAAGUUUGUGAGCUACCCUGACUAUAGAAUGAAACCUCCCCCCACUCUCUCUCUGUGUGUGUGUGUGUGUGUGUGUG